AUGGACAUGCAAUAUGUUUAUACGAAAAAGCGCUCAGAAUUCGGUCGUCAAGUUCAUUUCCAAGAUCGACCUGUAGAAAUCAUUGCUGAUAUUCAACCGAAUCCCGAUCUAAUUCAUGAUUACAUUCCACGAAAUCCCGUCGAUACUGGAGUGCAAAAUGUCCGUGAAUUUUCUGAGCAUUGGGUAAAUACCGUUCGAUUCGAGACCGAACAUCGAGGUGUCAAUCAUGUGGAAGGUGGUUGGCCAAAAGACGUUAAUCCACUUGAACCUGACCAAACAACACGUUUUCGAAAGAAAACCGAAAAGGAAGAUGGUUACGGACGAGCUGUUGUUUCACUCGGACAAUCGAUUGCACAUACUAUCAAACAAAACAAUGCAAUUGAUAUUUAUGAAAACUAUUAUCAACAUAUCGAAGCUGAUGUAGUCGAAGAAGCACCUUAUGCAAAAACCAUCAAUAUCUAUCGUGAUCCACACUCUGCUCGACGUACAGCAAAUCAUAUCUCAUGGAAUGCAGAUGGAGCACGAAAAUUAGCCGUUUCGUAUUGUAAUCUCGGAUUUCAAUCAGCAGGAAAUGAUACUUACAUCGAUUCAUAUAUUUGGGACAUUGAAAAUCCAACCAAACCUGAUUUUUAUCUUAAACCGAUAUCACCACUUGUUUGCGUAGAAUUCAAUCCAAAAGAUACACAUCAAUUAGUCGGUGGUUGUUACAAUGGUCAAGUUUGUAUAUUCGAUACACGAAAGGGUAGUACAGCUGUUGAACAAUCUCUUAUCGAACAUAGUCAUCGAGAUCCUGCGUAUAAAACUAUUUGGUUACAAUCAAAAUCGGGUACCGAAUUCUUUUCUGCUUCAACCGAUGGCAAAGUUCUCUGGUGGGACACAAAGAAAUUAUCCGAGCCAGUUGACACGUUAAUAUUGGACAUCGAGAAAAAAGGUCGAUUAGAAAACGCUCUUGGUGCUAUGACUCUCGAAUACGAGUCAACUAUCCCAACUAAAUUUAUGGUUGGUACGGAACAAGGUCGAAUUAUUUCGUGUAAUCGAAAGGGAAAGAACGAUGCAGAAAAGAUUGGCACUGUCUUUCCUGGGCAUUGGGGACCGGUUUAUGCACUUCAACGUCAUCCAAAUUUUACAAAAAAUUUUCUUUCCGUCGGCGAUUGGACUGUGCGCAUUUGGUCUGAAGAAUUACGAGACGAUUGUAUCAUGUGGACAAAACCAAGUAUGUAUGCACUUACUGAUGCUCAAUGGUCACCCAUACGAUCGUCGAUUUUCUAUACAACUAAAAUGGACGGUACAUUGGAUGUUUGGGAUAUUUUAUUCAAGCAAAACGAACCAACUCUUUCACUUCAAGUUGUUGAUGAACCCUUACAUUGUUUACGUGUUCAAGAAACUCACGGUCGUCUAGUUGCAUGCGGAUCACAGAAUGGUACAGUAACAUUAGUAGAAGUGUCGGACAAUCUAUGUACGCAAGGAAAGAGCGAAAAAGGUUUAAUUUCUGGAAUGUUCGAUCGUGAAACCAGACGCGCCAAAGUUCUCGAAGCACGUGGUCGUGCGAAACGAGAUGCUCGCGGCAAAGUCGGAGCACCUGCCGGCGGAGAAAAAGCAGAGAAAACAACAACAGAUGGUGCAGCUGCCGAGUCCGAAUUGAAAGAAGCUGAUCCAAUCGAAAAAGCUGAAAAAGAUUUCUGGAAAAUCAUUGAAGAUGAAAAACGAAGACGCGAACGAAAAGCAGUGGGUGAAGACAAAGGAGCCGGAGAAGGUGGUGCGAUGGCCGAUGCAGAAAAAGCUGCGAAUAGCACCGCUCACAAGGCUGAAUGA